AUGCGUAUUCUCCCAAAGACCAUCGCACUUUGCGGCGUCUUUAUCUCAGCCACAGCCUCUUCACCUCAUGAACUCUUCAAGGGCCGCGAUAUCGAAAUAUCCAGUCCUACCGUGACCAUUGACUCCGGUGUUAUUGUCGGUAGAAAUGUGCACGUAGCUGGCUCCGAGUCAACCGUACAUCAGUUUCUUGGUAUCCCCUUCGCCAAACCACCAGUCAAGAAUCUCCGAUUCUCUCCUCCAGAGCAGCCUCUGCCUUGGGGAGAGCCCAAGCAUGUUAUAGAGAGCCCUCCAGCCUGCAUUCAAGAUUUCGGCAACAAGUCUUCUGGCAGCGAGUUCCAAAGGACGCUCUUUAACACGCCUCCACCUCCAGGCGAGAGUGAGGACUGUUUAUAUCUGAAUAUCUAUCGGCCCAGUAGUGAAUGCGAGGGUAAGCCAGUCUUAUUCUGGAUUUUUGGUGGCGCGUAUAGGUUCGGUGCCGGUUCACUUCCUCUCUACAAUGGCUCAAGCCUUGCUGCAAACCAGGACAUCAUUGUGGUUACUGCAAACUACCGGACGAACUUGUUUGGAUUUCCUCGGUCACCGCAGCUUCCGGUAGACAAACGGAACCUUGGACUACUUGAUCAGCGGCUGGCUCUUGACUGGGUCAAGCGAAACAUCCAUGCCUUUGGCGGAGAUCCAAAUAAAGUAACAAUUGCUGGCGAGUCUGCUGGUGCAGUAUCUGUGGGACAUCUUAUCAAUACGGCAACCCCAGAAUUACCCUUUCGAGGGGCCAUUCUCCAGUCAGGUUCUGCAUUGUUUCAGAUCCCCCCAGCUCCCCCCAACAGCGAGGCGUCAUCAUGGACUGGCGUAGUUGAGCAACUCAACUGCACGGGUGCUUCAGAUGCCGCCAUCCUAGAGUGCGUUCGUGCUGCGAGCGUCGACACCCUUCGAGAGAUACUGUUGAAAACCGGGUUAUCAUUCAAGACGCCCGUGAUAGACAAUGCCACGUCUCUCGCAUCACCCAUAACAGCAUACACCGCUGGCAAGGCAUCCAAAGUUCCAAUUCUUAUAGGCUCGAAUCUGGAUGACGGAUCAACCUUUGCUCACGGCACGGGUGAUAAUGUCACUGCGUUUAUUGAGGGUUUGGCAUUACCCCCCGAGGUAUCAAAGGUGAUCACCGAAUUAUAUGCACCAGACUCGCCGGCCACAGCAGGCCUCUCGACGGGACACCAAAUCAUCUCACAGAUCCUUACGGACGCAACAUUCCGCUGCCCUGCAGGUCUUGUCGCCAAUCUAACUUCCACAGCUCUUGGUGUGCCUGUAUGGCAAUAUCUGUUUAAUGAUACUGCCGCGCGGCACCCGGGGUAUCCAGAGUUGGGGGUAUACCACACCUCUGAGAUUGGCUAUGUGUUUGGCACUCAGGGGCUCCGUGACCCCAAACAAGCCAACGAGCUCUGGCUGCAGAAGCUGUGGGCAGACUUUGUGAAGGAUCCAAAAGCCGGUCCGGGCUGGAAGCAGUAUCCGUCUGUCGGCCUGUUGAGAGGAGGUAAAGAUAAGCCUAUCCCUACUGAAGAUGUCUGGAAUCUAGAUUCUAUAUGCAGGGAGUGGGAUAAACUGUACACCCUUGCCUUUGCGCGGGCUGUAUGA